UGUCUCGUACUUGACUCGACUAAGCCUAGGGGUUACACUGCUCUACACAUUGCGAUGCAAUUUGGCCGGAACGACAUAUUUGAACUUCUAUGCAACGUCUACAAAGCGGACCGUGACCUGCUCGAUUGGAGCGGAAAGAAACCUCUGGAGUAUCAGAAACAAAUGACAACGGUGUCGGCAUCCACCUACAGCAAAAUCAAGGCCAGGAAAAAGCAUACAGAAAAAGACUCGGGAUUCCUGAGGAUUGGCUCUCUGAACGUUCGAGUGAAGAAAACGACCGAAGCCUUCAGCAACUUUUUGGGAGUUGGGACCAAUGCGACGCGCCUCCCUCCGAAUAUGAGAACUAGCGCUCCUCCCAAUUCGACGUACUUUGAAAAACUGCACAAAAGCUGGGGAUCUGCUGACAACAUACCUCACGAGGAUGGUGUCAUGCCGCCUCCCAAGUAUGGAUCUGUGAAAAAACGUCGCCCUAAAAGAGAUGCAGAGUACGACCCAGCUAGCGAUCAUUGUAGUCAGAGUGUACCAACGACACCUAGUCAAACACGAGCUCCAAUAGGGAUGUUGUCGGAAAAUCAAGAUACUGAAUCCGAAAAUCCUGGCGAUUCCGACUCGGAUACCGCAUGUGGCUUCGAUUCAAAUUGGAGGCCAACUUAUAUUUGAGUGAUUUAACCAUAUAAUCCUGAUUUCAUUUUAAUCCGAGAGAUUUAUUUAUACUUAACAUAUGUGUAUAAGCGAAACACGACUUUAUAAAUACCUACUUGAGUAAUCAAA